AUGGAAUUGGAGAGGUCUAAGAAAAUAAAAUAUUCAAAACCACGUGAGCUUUCACCGCCGCCACCCGUAUUAACCCUUGACGAAUUGGAAGAACGAUUGACAGAUACUGACGAACGUCAGCCAUCAACAUCGGGAAUUAGAAAGGAAGGUGCAACAAAAGAGGUAGAGAGGGAUGAUAAAUCUGCCAAUGGAGAAAAUAUUGUAAAAUCAGACGAGAAACUUGGCGGCGCUAUUUCAAUAUACAAAUCAUCCACUGAUUCAAAAGAAAUUAGCGGAACAGAGAAGACAAUAGAAUGUGAUGCGAGGCGAGAUGAUAAGGUUUUGUCCGAAACAAAGAAGGAAGAGGGUGUGGAAAAUGUCACGUCCGCUAGUAUUCUUGUAGAUAAUAUUUAUCUUGCUCCAACAACAUUUGCAUCCAGUUCACUUCUCAACAGCAAAGAAGCAACAAAAGCAAAUGACGCAACUAUCUAUCCAAAUAAUCAACUGAAUGAAAUGAAGGAAGCGGCUUCCCGGAAGAUCAGUGAAUUGUCACCGUUAAUUUGUACUUCGGGACGAGUACAAGAACACGAUAUAACUGACAUGGGACAAUCAAUGCCUCUGUUGUCAGAAACUCAGUAUAAGAAUAAGGCUAUGGGUGAACGCAUAGCUAAUGCUCAUCUAUCUUUUUUGUUGGAAUGCAAUGAAUACGGAUUGCUGACGGAAAAUCAGUUAUUAGCAUUUUACCAAAACGAACUAUAUGAAACCGUGGAAGAGUUUGUAGAUGAAUUUUUAGAACAUGAAGAAUUUCCACAACAUAGUUUGCAUGAAUAUUUGGAACGAUAUAAAAUAGUAUGUGAACAUAUCGAUGCUAAAGAAAUUGAAGCUAUGGAUUGUGAACAACUAGUGAAAGAAUGUGCCCAAGCAUCAUGGACAGCUGAAAAUCGAGUUAUCAAGCAAGAAGGACGAUGCGGAGAACAGAAAUAUGCAACAGGUAGUUCAAAUUAUUUAAUUGCAACGUUUCAUCCCGAGAAAGCUACAGAAUUGUCCCGCUUAUUGAAGCGUGAUGUAUCUACCCGCCUUGAUUCGUCGUUAAGUUUACAAAUUCAGAUGCGUUCUCUUGCAUUACAAAUUCAAUGGCGUAUUGUUGAGUACAACAAUAUCUUUAUGGUGGAACAUCGUUGCAAUAUAGAUAGUCCACCGUGCUGUCAGUUUUUUCUUCCUGGUAGUGCUGAUACUGUAAGCAGGCGAAACCUUCGUAAUGCACUUUCGGAUUUGUUCCACUAUUUACGUUAUCCAAAUCUUCCUUCACGGUUCAUAUCUGCCGUUUCUGGGUGGAUCAGUGAAUUGGUAGCUGUUCUUCUGAAAGCAUGUACUUCUUCUGACCAGCAGUAUUUGUUAUGUCAAGUACUUCGUCUAGUUUCACCAGUAUCCCAGUGGGCAGCACCAUUACUUCAAUCAUAUAUCGAAAUUGACAGCAUGAAUGAUCGUCUUAUUAUUGAUAAUUAUAUAGUAAUGAUGAGUUUGCUGCUUUCAUCAAUACGGGGCCGUGAAAAUUUUUUGCGACGCAUAAUGAAUGUUGAAAAUGGAAACAAUGCAUGGGUUGUUAUAAAUGACGAUGGAGCGGAGAAAGAUGGAUCUGUAAUAACCAUAAGUGAAACUGAUUUGAUUGCAUUUCUCAAUCAAUUCAAUGCUGAAGCUGCUUUUGCUAAAGCAGUUCGAUGUUUUGCUAUCACUCUAAGAUCGGAUCCAAUUAAUCAGGCUUUAACUUUGGUUGCUUUUGAAUUGGUGCUCAUAAAAAUAUUUAACGAUGGCUUGUACACCUAUGGCACACCCAAUUAUCGUCAAUUUUGUAAACAAAUUGGCUAUGCGUUACGCCAAAGUGUCAUAUGUUCAGCAGAAUUUCUGAAAGUUAUCAAAGAUAUGUUAUCAACUGCUGAAGCAGAAAUAGUGCAGAAAGAAUUUGAUCGCAUUGUUCUACAUGCCGUGUAUUAUAUCGUCAGCAAGCAGAACCUUGGCCUUUUGCAAUUUGUAGUAGAUUUGCCAUAUAAUUUUGCAAGUGAAGCAUGUCGAAUGCGUUGUCAAAUAUUGUUGAAGCGAAAAAUGGCGGUAACAGUAGCGCAACUAUACGAGUUUCCAGAAGAAGAUUUGCCUAAUUUAGUUGACAAAGCUGGCAAUUUAUUUGACAAAUUACCGGAUUUGCCCAGUGACGAUCGCAUUUAUAUGAUUUCGGCUUUAGCAUCCAUCAUUUCUGCAUCGGAUUCAUAUGUUGAUUCAUUUACCAUUGAAAUACUGAAUGUGUGCUUCCUUGAUGUUUCUAUGCGUGAUCAUUUUUACAAAGUUGGUGCUGAAACGAUUGGAAUUCUCAUCGAUAAGCAUCCAUAUAUCCUCCAGAAGAUAUUACUUUUUGUUGAUCGAAAUCUCGAUUCCCUAGAAGAAUAUGCAGUAGAAGUACUGUCAGUAGCACCUUUGUCAAAAUGUCGCUUGUCGGUAGAUGAUGUCGGCAUAAUAUGUGGAAAAUGGUUGAUCAACAGGCCAGCAAAUCAUCCUGCGCGUGUGCUUGGUUCUAUGAAUUGGGGGACAGAUGAAAAUGGAAAGCUUUGGUUGCAGCCUGAAGUACAUAUUGUUUGUGCUGAUACCUUAAUUAAAGGGCAUAUGGCCCAGUGUAAAACAACUAAUGGAUUAAUUUCGAAAUCUUGGAAUAAAGUCGCCAAACUGGCGGCGAAAGUACCUGAUUAUGAACAUCAAUUUGAUGCUUUCUGUUGGGAUAUUUUAGUACGAUUGAAAUUACCGCUGCAGGCAGAUACUGUAAAUAUCCAGUCAGUCAACGAUCUUGUUUCUUUCUUCGUUUUCGUUAUCCAGCGAUCAUUAUUAAGUGUCGAUGAAUUUUUAUCAUCAGGCUUAUCAUUAUGGUCGGAGCUUAUUACAUCUGGUUGUUAUGUUGGAUCAGUAGUAAUCCUUGCACGACUUAUAUCAUCAUUUCCGGAUGCAGUCACUACCUUAAUUUCACAUGAAAUCUUCAUACAGUGUCUUGAUCGAUUACUUCUGUGUGAUUUGUCGUCUUAUGCAGUUCAGUUUAUUGCUGGUGCCAAUAAAUUUCCUGGUCCAACCAUUCGACUUUUAAGCUCAGCUAUUACAUACCAUAUGAAUAAGGAUUUUUCGCAAGUAAAAUUGAGCAGUUGGAUACAAUUGUUGUGCUGCAAAAGACCUACUCAGUGGAACACCGAUAAAUCUACGCUUUACCUAUUAGGAACAUUGGUCCGUAUAGCAUUUACAAAGGAUCAAAUAAAGCUAUUAGGUAUUCCGGAAUUGCUUAAAACCAACUAUGCUGCAUUGCUACAGCAGUGGAAAGAUGGAUCAAAGAGUGUGCUAUCGUGGUUUACAAGUGAUGAUAGCGUUCCUCCUAUUAUUGAUUCCGCAAAUAUGAAUGUUUCACCAUGGGCAUCGUUUGCACUGUUAUUAGCUGAACAACAGAGCCAUGAAGCCUUUUAUGAAACUUUAUACCAAACAAUGAGUAAGCAUCCAAAAAAUAGUUUGGACCAGUCCGUAAAGGUAUUUUUCAAAGCCGGAAUCUUUGCUCAUCUUGAGAAUCUUCGAGAUGAAGUUUUAUCAAUUAUUAUAAUCAAAUUUCAAAAUGCAUGCAGGCACUAUAAUGCUCAAUGUGAUCUACGUUGCAGAAUGCAGAGGAAAGCUGGUGCCUUAUUGCUGCAACGCAACAUUCGUGCAUGGUGCACAUUGCGGAAUUGGAAUUGGUUUAAGUUAUAUGGUCGUAUCAAACCAUUAAUUAAGGGAAAUAAAAAGGAUGAAGAAACUGAAGCACUGCAAAAGAGAAUAAAGGAAUUGGAAGAAAAUUUUAAUCGUGAAGAAAAAUUGCGUAAGGAGAAAGAAUCGGAAGUAGCCAAAUUGAUGAUCGAAAAACAGCAACUUUUCCUGCAAGUUCAGCAGGAAAAAGAUAUAAGCGCGAAAGGAGAAGAAAGAGUUGCAAAAUAUUUGGCUCAAAAAACUGAUGUUGAAAAACAGUUUGCUUCUGUAAACGAACAGCUUGCUGAACAGGAAGACAGAAACGCAACUUUAUCAAAAAUAAAGAAUAAGAUAGAGCAUGAUAAUGAAACUUUGAAGCUUAAAGUUGCUGAAUUGGAAACCACUUGUAAAAGGCUUAAUCAGGACAAGCAAGUCAAAGAUCAUCAACUCCGAUCUUUACAGGAUGAAAUAAGAUCACAGGAUGAGGUGAUCGCAAAAAUCAGUAAAGAAAAAAAGCAUCAAGAAGAGACAAAUCGUAAAUUUCUGGAAGAAAUUCAAUCUGAAGAGGAUAAAAUAAACCAUUUGAACAAAGUACGAAAUAAACUAGAACAAACUGUGGAUGAAAUUGCGGAUAAUUUGGAACGAGAACGACGAAUACGCCAAGAUAUUGAAAAAUCAAAACGUAAAGCUGAAGGAGAGUUAAAAAUUGCGCAAGAAAAUAUUGAUGAAUUCAUAAAACAAAAGCAAGAAAUGGAAAAUGCAUUAAAAAAGAAAGAUAUUGAAAUAGCUUCAAUACUAAAUCGUAUAGACGAUGAACAAUCAACGGUAAAUAAAAUGGAGCGUCAAUUGAAAGAACAAAUUGCGCAUUAUCACGAACUUGAAGAAGAGCUUCAAGCUGAAAGGCAAGCAAGAUUAAAGAUUGAGAGAAGUCGCAGUGAAAUUCAAAAAGAACUUGAAGAGCUUAGCAAUCGCCUAGAUGAAGCGGGCGGUGCAACACAGGCGCAAAUUGAAUUGAACAAAAAGCGCGAAGCAGAAUCGGCUAAGCUUCGUCGAGAUUUGGAAGAAGUAUCUCUGAAGGCUGAAACAGCUCUCGCUAAUUUACGUAAAAAACAGAACGAUGCAAUGGCAGAACUUUCUGAACAACUGGAUACUGUCCAGAAGGGAAGAGCAAAAAUAGAAAAAGAAAAAGAGUCUCUACAGCGAGAAAUUGAUGAUCUGCGAAGUCAGUGUGAUUUGGAAGCUAAACAACGGCAAAAUGCGGAAAAAUUUGCCAAGCAGUUGGAAGCGCAAUUAGCGGAAGCUCAAUUGAAAUUAGACGAACAAACAAGAAGUUUGCAAGAAGCUAUUGCAACUAAAAAUAAGUUGAAGAUUAAAGUCAGCGACACGAGCAAUCAAAUUGAAGAGUACGGAAAUCAGAUAGCAUUGUUGAAUCGUAUCAAGCAACAAUUGACAGUGCAGUUAGAAGAAGUGAAACGACAAUUGGAGCAGGAAUCUCAGGAAAAGCAUUCAUUUAAUUCACAGCUUUCAAAUUUACAACUGGAGUGUCAGCAACUUCGCGACACGAUAGAUGAAGAAUUGAGUAGUAAAACAGAACUUCAAAGAUUACUCUCAAAAGCAAAUGCUGAAACACAGCAAUGGAAAACCCGAUAUGAAGAUGAAGAAAUGAAUCGAUCAGAGGAACUGGAAGAAGCUAGGCAGAAAUUACAAGCGAAAGUUCAAGAAAUGCAACAAGCAUUAGAUGCAGCAAAUAAUCGUAUUAAUUCAUUGGAAAAAGCUCGCUUACGGUUGGCUCACGAACUUGAGGAUGCGCAAAUGGACGCCGACAGGGCUAACAGUUUCGCAAAUUCUUUGGAAAAAAAGCAAAAAGCGUUUGAUAAAACGAUUGAAGAAUGGAAGCGAAAAUGUGAUUUGCUAACACAGGAAUUGGAAGCAAGUCAACGGGAAGCACGAAAUGGGGCCAGCGAAAUAUUCAGACUUCGCAAUAUGGUAGAGGAGACAGGAGAACAGUUACUGUGGACCUCAAACUUGGAAAUUAAACCAUAG